CCAACCCUGAAUAACCUGAGUAAUCCAAGCUGAUACUGCAGACAUAGGAAGGAUUUUUCCAAAUGUGGUUCUUCACGUUGGGCUCAAGCCUCGGGCAGCACUGGGUGCUCUGGACGGGUAGGGACGGACGCACUCAGCCCUCAGCCCGGACCCGGCCUCGGAAGCCGGAUCAGGGAGCUUCGGUCCGGGGACAAACACCCCUCAAGGACCUCUCCCGGCGGUAUCCUUUGGCCAUGGCACUGCCGCCGCCACUGCCCCCGCCACUUCCGUCACGAACGCAGAAGUCCCUCCCCGACGCCGGAAGUGCCGCGGACCUGCUUCCGCGCAGUCCUCCUCCACCCCGCCGCAGAGGCGAGGACCUGCUUCCGGCCCCGGGUGGGCGCCGGCUCGGCUCGCCGUGCGCCCCCGAACGCUGUCCCGGGAGCUUCGUUCCCCCGGACGCCGGCGCCGGAAGCUCGGACCGCGGCCGCGCCAGGAGAGCGCCGGUCCGGGCGCUAGGCUCGUGGGGGGCCAUGAACGGAACCGCGAACCCGUUGCUGGACCGCGAGGAACACUGCCUGCGGCUCGGGGAGAGCUUCGAGAAGCGACCGCGGGCCUCUUUCCACACCAUUCGCUAUGACUUUAAGCCAGCAUCCAUAGACACUUCCUGUGAAGGAGAGCUUCAGGUUGGCAAAGGAGAUGAAGUCACAAUUACCCUGCCACAUAUCCCUGGAUCCACACCACCAAUGACUGUGUUCAAGGGGAACAAACGGCCUUAUCAGAAAGACUGUGUGCUUAUUAUUAAUCAUGACACUGGUGAAUAUGUGCUGGAAAAACUCAGUAGCAGCAUUCAGGUCAAGAAAACAAGAGCUGAGGGGAGCAGUAAAAUCCAAGCCCGAAUGGAACAGCAGCCCACUCGUCCCCCACAGCCAUCUCAGCCGCCACCACCUCCACCACCUCUGCCAUUCAGAGCUCCGACAAAGCCUCCAGUUGGACCCAAAACUUCUCCUUUGAAAGAUAACCCUUCACCUGAACCUCAGCUGGAUGACAUCAAAAGAGAGCUGAGGGCUGAAGUUGACAUUAUUGAGCAGAUGAGCAGCAGCAGUGGGAGCAGUUCCUCAGACUCUGAGAGCUCGUCGGGAAGCGAUGAUGACAGCUCCAGCAGCGAGGGUGAGGACAACGGUCCGGCAUCUCCUCCACAGCCUGCACACCAGCAGCCCUACAACAGCAGGCCGGCUGUUGCCAAUGGAACCAGCCGGCCACAAGGAAGCAACCAGCUCAUGAACACCCUCAGAAAUGACUUGCAGUUGAGUGAGUCUGGCAGUGACAGUGAUGACUAGAGCCAGAUCUUUCGAAAUCAGCGUCUCGGUGCACAGAUCUGCUGCCGGACCGGGCUGCGCUCGCAUGGAGCCCGUUGCCAAGAGGGACAUGCUGUGGAUCGGUGACUGUAGCAGGAGUUCGAGGCUCUGGAGGUCUCAGAUACUCAAGUCUUUAACUUAGUGGUGAUGGGUGAUUUUCUCAUGUAAUUUUUGAACAAUCUCAUGUUGCAAAGUAGAUCUAUAGAAGAACUAACAGAAUUCUAUUGCUAUUUGGUUAACACUGUUCAUGAAAAACAGACAAAUGUGCCCUGGUCUAGGUUACUCAAAGGCCAUCAUCUUAACCAGGCCAGUGAUUCACUUUUAAACCUCAGCAGCCACCAGUUUGGCCAGGUGGUCUGCACCAGUGAAAUGAAACCUGGUCUUUAAGGGGUAGGGGAGAGAGGGAGACCUCAGACUGCAGCAUAGAAGUAUUUUACAACCACUUUAAACUGUUGAGACAAAGUGGUGAGGAAGUUUUGUCUGACCCAGCUUGACGAGCCUGUGUAGAGAUGGACUUGAGGAGGGAGUCCUAGAGCAGCUGCUGGGCAGGACCCCGGAGCUCCGCGAGUUCAGCCCCCUCACUUACAAGUGAGGAAAGAGAAGCACACAGCUGGUUCGUGGCCCGUCUCCUGCCCCCGCCCCAGCUUUUCCUGCUGCUCCCACCCUUGAAUCUCAUUAACUGGAACCAGAGAUUCUUGUUCAUGGGACUUCUAGUUGUACGUCAGAGAUUUGAUUGGAUUCCCAAAGAUGAAGUGUUGGGUGCUUCUGGCUCAAAUUCUGAUCCAAAAAGUCCCUAGAUACACAAGGCUGGCUGAGCAGAUUAAACCAGCAGCCACUGUGCUGACACAUGAGAUUCAAUUAAAUUGGGGCUUUUAGUUCCACGUAGGUCCAUACUGAGUGUUUCCCGUUCAGUGAAUUUUAGUAAGGGGAGGUAGGAGUGGGAGAGAGGUGUAGUGAAGGAACCUUUCUGAGCAAAAGAACCAGCAGCAGGCUUCCAAAAACCAGAACCUAGAUAGGGGUUCUGCAAUAUGAAACGAGCACAUUCUUAGAUAAGGUAUUUCUCUUCAUGCUUUUGUACCACUGUUUGUGCCUGACUCCCAGACUGAUUUGUAUUUUUGAUAAACUAGAAGAAAGUCACAAGAUUGCCUUUUGCAGUGUGCAGUUUCCAAACGAAUCUGUUGUUACAGGAAACUGGUCACUAGUAAAUGUUCCAUAUUGAGUGAAUGUGUGAUAAAUCAUCCUGUGAUUGGUAUGGAGUAGCCUGUUUCUAUAAUUUGAAUGGAUACAAUUUGAACGUCCUGAGAAAUUUCCAUUUGCUUUGGUUCAAUGGGUGUUAAGAACAUUGAAAAUGAUUUUCCUUCCUUGGGUUCUUCCACUCAAAGAUGGCCUCUGCUUCCCCAGCUAGUGGAUGGAAGCAGUCUGGACCUGGAAAGGAAUUAGAUGAUUCGUGGUGGGGGCUUUGGUGAGAGUUGCACCUUAUGGAGUCCCCUGUUUCAUGUGCAGUGACUCCAGUGAGCUGGAGAUGUGGGUCGGGAGCCAUCAUCCGGUGGCACACUCGCACCGCCACCCCCCCCCCCCCCCACGUGUAGGUAAUGGGGACACACUGGUACUCGGUGGUGGGUUCUCAGCCCAUCGUGAGGUUUCGGUGGAUUUAAUGGCAGGUAGGAACUUCUUCAUAAUGAAUUGAUAAUUACUUUAUAAUUCCUUGCUAAUGACAGCUCAGGGAAGGUAAAGGUCAUGAUUGGGAGACUUGAAUUGUUACUGGAUGUGGGAAUUGUUUCACUGCUUUUAACUUGCUCAAGCUGGGGCAGGUUCCAGGAACUUGAACUAAAAAUAAUCUAUUUAAGCCUCACUCUUUUUUUUCCUCCUAAAGUCUUGAUUUAUUCAGAUAGAACUGUGGUUUUUCACAUGCCGGGUCAAGAUGUUUGUUUCUAUAGGAAAUGCUUGCACGUGGCACUGGGUUUGGUGAGUCGAGCUCUCUGGGCUCGUUUCCUCUGUCGCCCGUCCUACCUGGCCCUGCAUGGUUAGCCUCCAGCUGGCUCCAGUUUGUUCUCUGCACGAAGCCUUCGGUGGUUCCCUCCCCACAACCCCCACCGCCUGCUCUCCAGCUUUACCCACCAGAAUAAGGAAUCUUGUCUUUUUGGAAAUCAAGAAUCUGGCCCCACAGACUACUACUUCUGAGUUACCUCGUGCCAGCCUCAUUGGACUUACUCUUCGUGCCUCUGUGCCUUCUCAGUCCCUCCCUCCCUCUCCCCUGCCAAGCCCCAGUCCUGACGCUGUGUAGGUGCCAUCUUCGCGGACUCUCCCUCUGUUCUUUUCUGCCCACUGGAGUGCUGUCUGUACUGACCUUCCUCUUGCUUGAGCUCUGGUUGGUGUGAACUCCUUAAAAGCAGGGACCGUCAUUUUCAUCUCUAUUCCCUGGGGUGUCCACAAGAAUAGACAUUCAGAUGCUUAUAGCCUGGUGGAGAGGAGGCAGAGAAAACCAACCAGUGGAGUACAGAGGGCAGACGUGGAGCAAACAUUCCAAGCAUUUGGAGACAGCUGAAAACUAUUUGUGAUUUUCAUGGUUUUGGAAGUCUCUAACUGAAUUGUUAAAAUUGCCUUUUCUCUGUUCUAUACAACUUCUGCCAUAUGGUAAGUCAUUAGGCAAGAUAUAAAGACUUAAAUUCAGGGUGCCCAGGGAGCCAUGGCAAGCCGCAGUAAAGACGUGAAUUGAGGAAACAAUAUAAACAAAGGAGAUCUGUGAUGAUGCCACUCGUUAUUUUAUUUCUAUAGCAGAAUCAUUUUUUUUUCUGUGUGUGGUAUUAAUAUGUAUGUGCUUCAGUGGUGGGAAAACUUGAAAAUUCCAAAAUCCUUGCUAUCCUAAUUGAGAGGCUGGUUAAGUAAGGUGUAAGUAUGGUGUGUGUGUGUGUGUGUGUGUGUGUGUGUGUGUGUGUGUAUGUAUGUGUGUGAGUGAGAGAGAGAGAGAGUGUGAGUGAUGUAUUUAUUAACAUUAUUUUGAAAGAUAAUAGUAUGUUCUCUUAGGUACAGCCAAAUUGGAUGUUUCCAUUUGGCAAGGAAGGUAGGAUUUCUGAAACUCAGGCCUUAACCAGUAGGUUGGAAGACAAGACCAAUUGAAGCGUUAUGAAAUGUGUGUUUUUGUUGCUUAUGUUGUAUCUGUUUUGGGUUGUCUUAUUCUUUAAUGAUUUUUGAAAUCUUGUGCCUAAAAGUUUAUUUUGCGUAAUUAUGAAGUAGAUGUGCAUGUUUACAUUUAUGUAAAAUGUUUGCAUUUAUGUAAAAUACUUGCUGUGUAAAGUUUUUUUGGUUUAUUCUCUUAAAGAUCACUAUAUUUAAGUAAAAAAUGAAGGUCAGCAGUA